GCUGCUUGAAACACCGCGGACUCAUCUUGGAUCCUCGACGCGACGAUGAAGUUGACGAUGAAGGCGAAGCACAAGCCCGCUGCGGCCAAGGUAACGCUGGCCGCGCCGGCCAAGAAGGAAGCGGCGCCGGCCAGCGACGCCUCAGCCGACGAAGGCGAGAGCGGCUCGGAGGACGAAGGGGAGACCGGCUCGGCCGACGACGAGGUCGACGCCGACCACGAGAGCGAGGACGAGGCCGACGACAUGGAAGAAAACGACAUGGAUGAAGAUGAAGGCGCGGUGGGCUUUGCUGACGCCAUGAGCAAGGUCCUUGGACAGAACGUUGACACGGAGAAGGCGCCGAUUCUGGCCAAGCGCAUCACGGCGCAGAUGCGUGAGAUCUCCAAGGACAAGAAAGAAACCACCGAGUCCAAGAUCAGCGCCAAGGCCAAGCGACUCCGCGAUGAGAAGGACAUGGUCAUCCCUAGUGUCGCCACGAUGGCCCAGGACAAGGCCCUCCGGACGAUCGCGACCAAGGGCGUUGUUGCGCUCUUCAACGCGAUCGCCAAGCACCAACACGCGUCGGCGGGCACGACCGACACCAAGUCCAAGGAGAUCAAGUCGAUGGACAAGGAUGCGUUCCUUGGCUUGCUCAAGCAAUCGUCGAAGAAGCAAGCGACGGAAGAGCCCAAGCCCGAGGCGUCGACGUGGUCGGUUGUCCAGGACGACUUUAUGAUGGGUGCCAAGAUGAAGGACUGGGACAAGGACGACGACGAGGCCGCCGAUGCCGACGACUGGAACGUCGAGCUCGACUCGGACGAGGAUGCAUCCGCCAAGAAGACGAAGAAGAAGGCGCCGGCGGCCAAGGGCGGCAAGAAGCCAUCAUCGACCACCAAGAAGCCGGCUGCAAAGAAGCAGAAGACCAAAUAGAACUUAUUUCGAAUUACAUAAUUUUGCAAUACAACACAAACCAAA